ACACCUGCGUGCCUGCUUGGCAGGCAGCUGCUCCUGCAACUUUGAAUUCUCUUCUUCUUUGUUCAGUACAGACAACCAUGAGUGAUCGAAAGGCAGUGAUCAAGAAUGCGGACAUGUCAGAAGAGAUGCAGCAAGACUCUGUGGAGUGUGCUACUCAGGCCUUAGCACAGUGUGGGAUGGGCAGAAUGAAAACCUUUUGUCAGUGAUGAUGUGAAUGAUGUCUAUGAGUGCUUGGCAGGUGAUCCUGGCAGGCCGGUGCUCCAGCAGCUUUGAAGGCUUUCCUUUGUUCAUUGCAGGUAGCCAUGGGUGAUCAGAUGGUUGUGGUAAAGGAUACAGAUGUGUCUGAAGAGAUGCAGCAGGAUGCUGUGGAGUGUGCCAUUCAGUCUCUGGAGGAAUGCAACACUGAAUGUGACGUUGCAGCUCAUGUAAAGAGAAUAAGUGUUUGCUCAUAAUGUCUUCCUACUGAAUGCUAUCUUCAAAAAUCAAGGAAAAAAUAUCGGUGGAUGGAAAGAAUGCGAGUGGAUCCAAACAGCGUUAUAAUCGUAAAAGAGAGACUUCAUAUUCAAGAAAUGAGAACUUUUCCAGUCAGUCCCGUCGCUCCAAUUCACAGAAAAGCAAAGCUUUUAACAAGAUGCCCCCUCAAAGGGGAGGUAGCGGUGGAGGUGGCAGACUUUUUAGCUCUUGUAAUGGUGGAAGACGAGAUGAGGUAGCAGAGGCUCAGCGGGCAGAGUUCAGCCCUGCCCAGUUCUCUGGUCCCAAGAAGAUUAAUCUGAACCACUUACUGAACUUCACUUUUGAACCCCGUGGCCAAGCAGGCCAUUUUGAUGGGAGUGGACAUGGCAACUGGGGGAAAAGGAACAAGUGGGGACAUAAGCCUUUCAACAAGGAGCUCUUCCUACAGGCCAACUGCCAGUUUGUUGUCUCUGAAGAACAGGACUACACAGUCCACUUUGCUGAUCCAGAUACCUUGGUCAACUGGGACUUUGUGGAGCAAGUGCGAAUUUGUAGCCAUGAAGUGCCCUCUUGCCCAAUAUGUCUGUACCCACCAACCGCAGCAAAGAUCACCCGCUGUGGGCAUAUCUUUUGUUGGGCGUGUAUCCUUCACUAUCUCUCCCUGAGCGAAAAGACCUGGAGUAAAUGUCCUAUUUGUUAUGGCUCUGUUCACAAGAAGGAUCUCAAGAGCGUUGUUGCUAUGGAAACACGUCAAUAUGCAAUUGGUGAUACCAUUACGAUGCAACUUAUGAGGAGAGAGAAAGGUGUUCUGAUAGCACUGCCCAAAUCUCAGUGGAUGAAUGUGGUGCAGCCUGUUUACAUCGGAGAUGACCAGCACAGUCAGUAUUCAAAGCUGCUUCUGGCAUCCAGGGAGCAAGUCCUGCAGAUGGUGAUUCUGGAGGAGAAAGCGGCAUUACUAAAACAGUAUGAGGAAGAAAAACACACCCCAGAAGCUUGCUUUAUUGAGGCAGCUAUCCAGGAACUAAAGGAGCGAGAAACAGCACUCUCUGCUGACCAGGAUAAAAACAAUGCCAUUGCUGGAAUCAGCGCAGCUGUGGAAGAAUUGGUCCUAAAAAGCUCCAAGGCUGUGGAGCCUGCAGUUUCCCAGGAGAAAAAGUGUGGUGUGGAAUAUCUCUCUGCAUUUGAUGAGGAGCUUGUGGAGCCUUGCUCUGAUCUGGCACGUUCCUUUUCGCCUCCUGUGGAAGCAGAAGAGGCAGUGCUGGAUGAAGAGGAAGUACCUGAGGUGGACACCGUAGGGGAACUUGAUAUGAACACUACAGAAGAAUCAAAUCCAUCUGAAACAAGCUACCAAGAAUCUAAAGAUACAGUUAGCAGCGGACAUGUUAGCAACUCUCCUUUUUACUAUUUCUAUCAAGCUGAGGAUGGACAGUGUAUGUAUCUUCACCCUGUGAACGUUCGAUGUCUUGUUCGUGAAUACGGUAGCUUGGAGAAGAGUCCAGAGAAGAUAACUGCAGCUGUAGUUGAGAUAACUGGCUACUCAAUGACAGAGGAUAUAAGACAGCGUCAUCGCUACCUCUGUCACUUGCCCCUCACCUGUGAGUUCAGCAUUUGUGAGCUGGCUCUGAAGCCACCCGUCAUCUCUAAGGAGACUUUAGAGUUAUUUUCAGAUGACCUUGAAAAGAGGAAACGUCUACGGCAGAAGAAAGCUCGUGAUGAACGACGACGUGAACGCAGAAUUGAGAUAGAAGAAAACAAGAAACAGGGCAAAUAUCCAGAGGUCCAUAUUGCUUUAGAGAAUCUGCAGCAGUUCCCUGCUUUUACCUCUUGCCCUGGAGAAACUACCAGCAUUGAUCAUCAGAGCUUCUGUCUGUCUCCUCUUGGCAGAAGCCCUGUGUUCCAGACAGAGUCUAUUCCAACUCCGCUGUCACCUGCUGCCAGCCAGGUUAGCCCAUUGCUCUGUGGGAGUUUAGAAGAGGAGUCUCCCUUCCCUUCCUUUGCCCAGAUGUUGAGAGUUGGAAAGGCAAAACCAGAAACAUGGCCCAAAACAGCUCCAAAGACAAGAGGCCCUUUCCUUCUUUCAGAUGAGAACACUCUGGCACUCCCUGUGCCAGUGGAUAGUGAUGGAGAAAGUGACAGCUCUGACCGCAUACCUGUGCCCAGCUUCCAGAAUUCCUUCAGUCAAGCUAUUGAGGCAGCCCUCCUGAAACUGGACAAACCGUCCACAGCUGAUCAUUUAUCAGAGGAAAAGGGAGGCAAGAAAAGAAAGAAACAGAAGCAGAAGCUAUUGUUCAGCACCUCUGUUGUUCACACAAAGUGAUUCUGCUAUUCAAGAGAAGUUCCCUCUCCUGGUUUUCUUUUCAUUUUGCUUUGUUUUGCUGCUAUAGUUUUAAGUAUUUAAAUUUGAACAGACUAAACUUGUGUUUCCAGGGCUUCUAGGGGGUUCAGGAGGAAACCAUGACAGUUACAUGUUGAAAUAAGAUCUUCUGAUUCCAACUGCUUAAUCAGUUUAUACUGAAACAAAGUUUUGAAAGAAACAACCCAGAGACAAAUCAGCCAAGGCUUCUAGUCUGUGCAAAGUCUGUUCUUUUGGCCUAAAUAAGCAGUAUGAAAGUCUUUACUGCUGAGUGGCACUGCCAGAAUACUGCAAUAUUACCUAAGUGAAGAGGCAGAGAGCCUUUAUUUCUCUAGAAGUAUUCACAGGCAGAAGUCCAUCUGACUGACAGUAGUGCUGUUUCAGUAAAGCUGUUGAACUGCUCUCUUGAGAAACUGGUUUCCGCUGGACUGGAGAUGGGCAAAAGAGCUUCCUGGCUUUAGAGUGUUAGCUGCUAUAUCUGUUCUUUUUCUAAAGAGCAAGAAUUCCUCCUGUUCUCCUGGCUUGGAAAGAUUUAAAGCUGAGGUGAGUGUAAAGCAGAACUUGGCUACUUGGUUUUGAAGUGACUCUUGCUGAAUUUGUGUAUUUCAAAAUGCGUACUGGCACUAGUGGUAGAAGGAACCUCCUGGCUUCUCUCAGUUGUUCAACUCUGUUUUAAUGUGGGUGAGUGAGGCUGCUAAUUUUGGUUUGUGUUUUUUUUUUUUUUCCCAACCAUGGUCUACACAUUCUGUGUAACCUGAUCAUCUAGAAUAAACACUCCACCCUAGGGCUCUUGGUUACUACCUGAAUAUUUUGACAGUGGCUGCUCUUGAAUUGGAAGAACAACUGAUAGCUGGAGUCUCUAGAUAACUUUUAUCCCCCAGCAAGAAACCGGGGUCUCUUGUACUGCGAUAAGGGCCUGUAUCUGCUUGGUUCUGGGACGUAAGUUGAUCUGCACUAAGCACCUGGAGCUAUAAACGUGCCUCUUCUGGACCCCUCCCCGCUCUUUCUUUGGGUGGUCACAUUCUGCACUGCUUGUGGUUUGAUUUGAGCUAAUGAGUUAAGUGGUGUGGAUUUUGUUGAAUAAAAUGAACUAUAGGUGUAAUGUACCAGUCAAGGCCAACAGUUGCAAUAAAUCAUACGCACACACA